AUGCCAUUGCAGACGCACAUUCAUAUCUCCAGCGAGCAGGGCUUGUCCAGCAUCACCACUUUGAUUGUGGGAAGCAAGAGCGCCGCCCUUAUCGAUCCUCCCUUCUUGGUUCCGGAUGCCAACUCUGUUGUUAAAUGGAUAAAAGGCACCACAUCUCUGCCACUGAAAGCAGUAUUUGUUACUCACCACCAUCCCGACCACUUCUUCUCCGCCAAUCCUAUCUUAGAAGCUUUUGAGGAAGCAAGAUUCUUGACUGCACCAUAUGUCCGUGCAGGCAUUGAUCGCGAGUACGAGGAAAAAGUCAAGUAUUGGCCUUCGGUGAUGGGAAAGGAGAUGGUACCCGAGAAGCCAAGGAAGCCUGAUGUGUUUGAGCACAGCUUCUUUGUGCUUGAUGGGGACGAACCGUCGCCUAUAUGCUUGCUUGGUCCUGUCCAAGGUGACUCGAUUGAUCAAACAUUGUUCUGGUUGCCGACCGAGAAAACUGUUGUUUGCGGCGAUGUGAUAUAUGCGCGAAGUACCCACGUCUGGGCUGCCGAGAUAGAAACACCACAAAUCCUGCACGCUUGGCAGAAGUCACUUGACCUCAUAGCAUCUCUGGAAGCUACCAAAAUUAUCCCAGGCCAUUUGGAANAGGGCUGGGAGAUGGAUGGUCAAGCUGACUUGGAACAUACUCGCAAGUAUCUUCAGCUCUUCGACGACCUCAUUCAGAAUGCUUCCCAGAAGCACAAAGUUGAUGAAUUGUAUCAGAAGUUCCAGGAGGCUUUCCCUGAAGCGGACAAGAACCUCGAUUUCUUCCUUGGUCAACUGAGCAAUGCGUUCGGGGAGGGUGGCCAGAAGUGGGAAGAGAAUAGACAUCACAAUGUCGACCAGCGUACACAAGAGCAGCUUGAAGGUUUCAUCAUCUAA